GCCGGGGUGUGUGUCGGGGGAGGGAGAGCGCGCAGAGUCCGCGCCCGGAGCCCGCGCCCAGGAAGAGUCGGACCUUCGGCGCGUCCGCCGCCGCCGCCUGCGCCCGGCCGGGCUAUUACCAAAAGAUGGUGGAUCGUUUGGCAAACAGUGAAGCAAAUACCAGACGCAUAAGUAUAGUUGAAAAUUGCUUUGGAGCAGCUGGUCAACCCCUCACUAUACCUGGGCGGGUGCUAAUUGGAGAAGGAGUAUUGACUAAGUUGUGCAGAAAGAAGCCUAAGGCAAGGCAGUUUUUCCUAUUUAAUGAUAUUCUUGUAUAUGGCAACAUUGUCAUCCAAAAGAAAAAGUACAACAAACAACAUAUAAUCCCCUUAGAGAAUGUCACCAUUGAUUCCAUCAAAGAUGAAGGAGAAUUAAGGAAUGGGUGGCUUAUCAAGACACCAACUAAAUCAUUCGCAGUGUAUGCUGCCACCGCCACCGAGAAGUCAGAAUGGAUGAAUCACAUAAAUAAAUGUGUUACUGAUUUACUCUCCAAAAGUGGGAAGACACCCAGUAAUGAGCAUGCUGCUGUGUGGGUUCCUGACUCUGAAGCCACUGUGUGUAUGCGCUGUCAGAAAGCAAAAUUUACACCUGUUAAUCGUCGUCACCAUUGCCGAAAAUGUGGUUUUGUUGUUUGUGGGCCCUGCUCUGAAAAGAGAUUUCUUCUUCCAAGCCAGUCUUCUAAGCCUGUGCGGAUUUGUGACUUCUGCUAUGACCUGCUUUCCACCGGGGACAUGGCCACGUGCCAGCCCACUAGAUCAGACUCUUACAGUCAGUCACUGAAGUCUCCUUUAAACGAUGUAUCUGAUGAUGAUGAUGACGACGAUGAUGACAGCAGCGACUAAGAACACGUUUUGAAAUAUUUAAUUGGGCUUGACUAUUUGAGAAAUCAGCUGUGGCGGAAAUGUCAAAUUCUUUGCUCUCAGUUACUCUAACAGCGAAUUUGCCUGAGAAACUUUGAACCUAUGUGCCUCUAUCUCUGAUAGAAACUAGGCCCCUUGCCUUCUGCUCCUUCCUGGGCUCCAACAGAGAUACAUUGUUGUUGGGAUAAUGUUUUGGUUUCUUGUUUAUUUCUAGAUUAUUUUCUUGUAAAUUGGGGAGAGAUGUUUAUUUAACAGAUCUUGUACAUUUUUUCCCUGUUAAGUGGAAAAAAUAUAAGCACAGAAUGGGAACAAGAGUAUAAUGUAACUAGUUAAUAGUAGCAUAUUUCUGCCAUUCUGUGUAAUGGUUAAGACACCAGUGACUAUGGUUUGGAAAUACCAAGUGGUGCCUUAUUGUAAUGACACUGUUACAUGAAACAAGCCCAGACCCUCUCAGUUUUUGGUUGGUUUAAAGACAUCGGUGCUCUUGGUGAUAAAAUGAAUCUUUAUUAAUGAGUGUAAUUCAAAGAACUAAAUUUAGAGGUGUCUUCAUUCUGUAUGAAUACAUACUUUUCCUAAAAUAGUUCUGGUUAUAUUUUUAUAUCUUACAGGCACCAGAUCACAGUGGUCACAUACAUGUUUAAAUUAAUAGGUUGCCAUUUUGAAGAGUUUGGUUUGACAUUUAUCACUAGUUUAGAAAUGGCAUAUUGCAUUAGCUUUGACUUUCAGUAAGACUUUUUUUUUAGAUGCAGAUUCAUCUGCUUUCACAUUAUUUUAGAAUGAAAAAGUCUUCUUAUAAAACCUUUGGAAAUAAGAGUCUUUAUAAAAAAAAAAAAAUCCCACAGUGGAACAUAUAUCUCCCAAGGCUUGAAGAUUUGGAAAAAGAAAUGUGUGUAAGGCAGGCCACUCCUAAGUUUUACUAGAUGGCAUAUCUGUGUGAAGUAUUGUCUAUUGCAUUGUGAAAUGACCUUGAAUUUACAAAUGGUGUUAUAUUUUAUAAAGUUUUGUAAAGCCCCAAACAAUUUCUAUUUUUGUAAGCCAAUUGUAUGCUUAAUCUGUUUCUGAAACCAUUUAACAAUGUAUGGAAAUAGAGUAGCCGUUGGUAUUUCUAAAUUGUGAAGUUUAAGUGGGCCUAGUCUAGAUUGUUUUUGAGAAGUGGUUGUUUCUCCUCUGCUGUUGGGGGCAGGCAUGAGGUUGACGGUAUGUUUACUGCAUACACCUGGAUGUGUUUGCACUGUCUCACCACUUACUUGUCUGCUGCAGUAACUAAGUCACCAGUCUACAAGUUUUAAGUUCUAAAGUUAAAAAUACUCUAAGUCUGGAUAACAUUCUAAAUGUCCUAAGAGGUUUAUUGAUAAUGUGUGGACUGAGAAUUUUUCUUAUCAGAUAUUGGUUGAAUUACUGUUCAAGUGUGAAAGUGUCUGAAAUAUUUAUGACCCCCUGAAGGGAAUGUGAGCGAAAAGCACAACAAAACUAGGGCUUGGAGUUUUGUCUCAUUCUGUUCUUUGUUUUGUUUGGUUUUAUAUCAGGUGGACUUUUUUUUUUUUUCCUUUGGCUUAUAGGCAAUCUAUACAUAUAGUCAACAUAGCUGAAAGGACCGUAAAGUGAGAGAAAUGCUAAUGGAAACUCGCUGGUACACAGGCGCCUAGUAAAUUCAGGAUCCAAGGAAAAUGUUCUCACAGAACACUGCUUUGUCAACCUCUCUUGACUGUUUUUACAAUAAAAACUAUUUUGCAACUUA